AUGCCUCUAGAGGAAGGCCAAAGCUCCGGCGCCGAAAGGGGGAACAUCAAGAAGUAUGCUGGACUGGUGCAUGAGAUCGGUAUUGUCAAGGAUCACGUCGAGCGCGAGAAGCAUCGUCAUGGGCUCGAGCAGGAGUCGUUGAAGGCCCAGCUCCGCAACAAGGAGAAGGAAGCCCUCGCAGUCCAGAAAGAGCUUUCUGUGCAGCUGAGGUGCGCGGGUCGAUCCUACCAGCAGCUCCUCAAUGGCUGCAGGGAGCUCCAGGAGCAGCUGGACGCUGAGAAGGUCGCUCGCGAAAGAGACAAGCUGCCCUACAUUGACGAGAUCCGCGCGCUUAAAGCGCAGCUGAACAAGGGCGACAAGCCCUGGCGAGAUGAGAUCUCGAAGCGAGAUGCCAAGAUCCUGAAGCUGCAAGAAGCGGCCAACAACCAGGACAUCCGCCUCAAGGAGGCGGUCGAAGCCAUCGAGCCCGUGCGAAAAGAGGGCGAGAAGAAGCUCAAGGCCGCAGAGGAGCGGGCGGAGAGCAUCCAGAAGGAGGUCACCUACCUCCAGCAAGCCUUGGAGGAGACUACGGAGAAGUGGCGAAUCGAUUACGAGAAGGCCGAAGUGGAGCACCACAGGGAGGUCAUGAAGCUGCAGAUCCAAAUCAAAGAGAUCGAAGCUGAGUCCGAGAAGAUAGCUGGGCCUUACAUAAAGCAGAUCAAGGAGCUCGAGGUCCAGAAGCAGGGGCUGGAGGUCCAACUCUCCCAGGUGGACUAUACUCCCUUCGAGAAGCAGGUCGAAAUCAAGGAGAAAGGCUAUGACAAGCUGGUGCACGACUUCCGCACGAAAGAGCAGACCCACAGCGACAACGUGGACAGGAUGCGGGAAGGCUUCGAGGAGGUGAUCCAGAAACUAGACCGAAAGCUGCAGGCCGUGGAGAAAGAGUAUGAGAAGAAGCUGGACCCAUGGAAGAUCCAGGUCGCGGAGAAAGAGGAGGAAAACAGGAAGCUGCAGGAUCGGAUCAGGCUGAUGAUGGAGGAGAAGGCAGAGGCCCGUGAGAAGCUGCAGAGACGGAAUCAAGACCUGGAGAAGGAGCUCGGCUGCGCGAAGGAGGGCCUCGAUCGCUUCAUACAGGAAAACACGAAGCUCAGGCAACAAAGAGAGCAGGAGAUGGAGGAAGAGGCCGCGCCAACGCAUCCAAAGCAGAAGAUGCAGGCGAUGGAGAUGAGGCUCGACGAGGUCACGCGGAGAUGUGAGAUUCUGAUCAAGAGCCGAGACCGGGAGUUGAAGGAGAAGACCGAGAUCAUCUCGAAGCUGCAAGAGCGCGUCCUCCAGCAGUCCAAGGACAACAUUGCGCUGGACAGGAAGUGGGACGAGCGGGUCCAGCAGAAGGAAGAAGGGUACGGGAUACUGGUGGCGCAGCUGAAGCAUGCAGAGGGUCAGAUCCUCGAAGAGCGCGAGAAGACGCUGGCGGCCAAGAAGGAGAUCCAGCGCCGAGACGCGAGGAUCGCUGAGCUGAAGCAGGAGCAUGCAGAGGAGUCGCGGCAGCGGCUGAAGGACCGGACGAUGCUUUUCAACCGGCUGAGAGAGCUGGAGGGGGAGCUGGUGACGAAGGCGAACCGCGAGGAUGCGAUCCGCAAAGAGUGGGAGGCAACCUACGACGAUCUCAGGAUUCGCUCCGACCUGCGGGAAGCAGACCUGGAGAUCGAGAUCGUACGGCGCGAUAAAGCCAAGGCGGCCACGGAGAAGGAGCUCCUCACAGUGCGAGCACAGUUCGACAAAGCCCGCGUCACCUGGGAGAGCAAGGAGCGGGAGCUCGAGGUGCUCGUGCGAACCCGCGACCGCCUUGUGACGUCCUUGAAGAACGAGAUCGAGCUUGUCGCCGAGUCUUGGGAGGUCAAGUACGACAAGCUGUUGAGCUUGUUCGACAAGCUGCAGAAGAAAUACGACGAGCUGUUGGGUCCUGGUGGCUUAGCGGAGGCUCUGCGGCGUGCGCGUGACCUCAAGGAAGAGAAUGUGGAGCUGACAAAGCUGACACAUGAGCUGAAGGAGAUGAUCAAGAAGCAGAAGCGCCAGAUCCGAGACCUUCAGCUGGACAUCGACAUGCACAUGAAGGAGACAGCCGACCUGAUCUUGCAGAAGGAGCAGGGCAUCGCCGAAAUGGUCGGCGACUACGCCAAGCUCCAAGCAUCCUUCCGCAAGGAGGUGGAGCAGAAGGCGCGCAUCGAGCAGCUCGAGCAGCUAGUGGAAGCGAUGCGCUUCACAGAUCGCGAGGAGCUCGUGAACACCAUCGACGUGUGGAAGCGCGCCUACGAGAGGAUCUGCAUCGCGCGAGAUGAGAUGGAGGAAGACUUCGAGUCUCAGCUGGUGAUGAAGGACAAACAGCUGAGGCCACUAUCCAUGCUGGAGGCGGCUUUCAAGGCAAUUGAAUCCCCGAUCACGGAGUUGCUGCUGCUGCUGAGGUCCUGCAGGGGCGUUCCGGAUUCGGAGAGGGAGGCUGUGAAGAAGGAGAUCGAAAGCUGGAAGGAGAAGGUUCUGCAGGCACCUGGAGAUUUCAUAGGGUAA